AGCUUUCUUUUUGUUUUCAUUUUCCGGUAAUAUCAUUUUCGUCCGACUUGUUUUCUCCUCCUUGCCGUUAAGUUCCAUUGAAGAAGAAGAAGAAGAAGGUGUGAUUCAACGAUAAACCUAGCGAGAAAACGAACCGCAUAAAAUCGCCAUUGAACGAGACGGUGGUGUUAAUCUAUGGUUAUGGAGGUUUGCUUGACUUUUUGAGGUUGGCUUGACUUUUGAAGUUUUGAUCUGAAGAAAAGAGGUUUCGUUGUAAUUGGUUUAUACAUCAUGUCUGGGUCGAGUAUGUAUAAGACGAAGCUUUGUAUUCUGUUCAAUAAGACUGGUGAUUGUUCGAGGCCGAAUUGUACUUUUGCUCAUGGAAAUGCUGAGCUUCGUCGUCCUGGCGAAUCUUCUUUUACAGGUAAUGUUUUCGUUUAUGCAUUUGAAUAGGCUAUUUAUUCUGGUUUAAGUUUGUUAAUGGUGGAAGGAUUGAUGAAUUUAUGAGUGCUUCUUUUUAUUAGAGUAAAAUAGAAAAGUUUUUAUUUAAUUAAGUCUCUUUUGCUUAGACUUUGCAAGAUUUUUAUAUUAUACUUUGAUGAUUCUGUGAAGUAUUUUUCUUCUGAAGUUUUGUGGUUCAAUGCAUUUGCUUUGUGAGUAUUAUUCCAUAUUUUAUGAGAUUGUGUAAAACGUUUCAGCCUACAGUGUUCUGUUUGAUAAACACAUGGUAAUGGUAUCAGUAUUAUACUUUGCUUUGGAUUUGGUUUUCUCCAUAUCAACUUUUACUGACUAGUUUUGUCCUGCGGAAUCAUUCUGGAAUAUGCAGAAAGAUAGCUACUCACAGGCUUAGUAUUAUUUUUUAUCCGGGAAUGGAAUCUACUGGUCUUUCUGGCUGCAAUUUAUAUUGGUUUUCUUAUUGGAGUGGAAUCUGCUGGGUUUUUUUGUGGUGAAAUUUAUCUUGGUUUUCUUAUUGCUCUUGAAAGCACAUUCUUUAUGAAGAAAAUCUAUCAUGGGUUUUGCGGGGUACUUAUUCUUCGACAACUAUGGUUUUCAGACUCCCGAGAUUUGGUUGCAAGCAAUGCUUGUUAUUAGGAUUUAUCAAUGCCUGUUGUUAUUACUUCUGGCAUUUUCAUACUUCCAGUUAUGUAUGUGGAGCACGUGGUAUUUUCUGUGAUUAUUUAUAUCUUCAAUGGUCUUUCAAGCGGUUUCUUGGAUCAAGAAAUAUGCAGUUUAUGGGGGUUUGAUUGUCAGUAUAUCAAAUUUGGUGGAUUUUGAUUGUGUAAUUAAAUGGAACUUCAAGAUUGGUUCUUAUUUUCUCUCGUCCAACAUAAUCUGAAGCCUUCUCAACCUAUGAUUUAUCAAUGAGAUUCAGUGACUCCACUUAUUUAGUACCCAAUUGUGGUUUCUUUCCAACUGCUGGUAAGAAGAGGACAUUAUAUUGUGGUCUCUUUGAACUGGGAAGUAAUCACCAUUACGUUUUUCUUUAUGUUACUAGUAGUUUUCUGUGAUCUUAUCCAAGUGUUGUUGACUGGCAUGAUUCUGAUUGUUUGAAAUGGAGUUCACAUCUGUAGCACAAGUAUGCUUUACUGCAAAGUCUGUUUCGUCUACUGCAGGAAGACGUCACAAUAUGGAUAGUGACUUAAGAGAUAGACGUCACAAUAUGGAUAGUGACUUAAGAGAUAGACUUGGUAGACAGUUUUCUCCAGAGCGGAGACCUUCCUUAGACAGAAGUGGAAGACGGGUACAAAGGUUUAGUGGACAUGACAAUUCUAUGCCAUUUGAGAAUCGAAGAGAUAAAGACUACAGGGAGAACCGUAGAUUUGAUGAACGACGUGAUUAUGCUGGUGGUUUGAAAGUUGGGAAUAGGAUUGAAGACAGGGCAGAAGAUGGAAGAAAUAAGUUUCAUGGUUACAAUAAUGUUCUGGAAGAGCAGUUAAAAGAUGUAGAGAUGGAUGUUAAGAUGCUAACUGAUGACAAACUACGAUUGGAGGCGUCCGUUGAAAGGAAGGCACAUGAAGUAGACAUUCUUACUUCUAGGAUCCAGGAGCUUGAGACCCAGUUGGAUAGAGAGAAAGAUGAAUGUAGGAGGAUUACUUCAAGCUCGAAGAAAUUUGUGAAAGAAUAUAACCGUUUCUUGCGGGCACAAGAUGAUCUAAAGAGGUCAGAAGCCCGUCUUCAGAAAUUGGGAAACCAACUUAGUACGUAUCUUGCUGGAAGUGAAGGCAAUAAUAGGGAUGUAGGCCUGGAUAUUGUGAGCGAUGAAGAGACUAAUGGUCGGAAUUUGAGAACUGCUUGUGAUCCACAUAACGAGUUGCAGAAUACUUCUUCACUGUCCAGGAAAAAGCAUUAUGUGGAUCAAUAUACUACGAAAGAACCUGUUGAAGAUGGCUUGAUAGGGAGAGGUGAAGAAGAGAAGGUGGAGAAUGAGAAGAAGAGACCACCUUGUUGGAAUAUGCUUUCUUCAAAAUCAUAUUCUGAAGAAGAAAGUGGAGCGUGGAACGAUGAAGACACAAUUAACAGGUCCUCGUCAAAGGAAGACAAUUGGAAAAGAAGAAGGUUCUCUAUUGGCACCUCAGCUACCGAUAAGGUUAUAUUGUCUACGAGUAUGGCAGCUCGGGAAUUUGAUGAUGUUGCAGAAUCUGAGGAAGAGAAUCCCGAAGCAGCCAACGGCUCUCCUCUCAUAUCUCUUCCUCCACCCCCACCUUUCAGAGAUGCCCAUGUUCAGAGAGACGAGGAUGAUGUAAACGGUGAUGUGAUGGAACAGAAGAAAGCCUAUGACGAUGAUUCCGUCUGA